UCUUUCAACUAAACAAAUUCAUCUAUAAUCUUUUCUUCUUCUCCAAUGGCCUUCUCUCAACAAGUUGAGUCCUCAUCUCCUUCUAUUGUUUUUCCUGUCCAAAGGCGUCAACCGGAGCUCAUUGCUCCGGCUACGCCUACACCCCACGAAACUAAGCUACUAUCCGACAUAGAUGAACAAGCCAGUUUCCACGCCAAUAUACCAAUCAUACAAUUCUAUCGUAACGAGCCAUCAAUGGCGGGAAAAGACCCGGUUGAAGUCAUAAGAAAUGCAAUUGCACAAGCACUUGUGUUUUACUAUCCACUUGCUGGUAGAAUUAAGGAAGCUGAGGAUUCUAGUGGUAAACUUGUGGUGGAUUGUAAUGAAGAUGGUGUGAUGUUCAUUGAGGCUGAUGCUGAUGUUACACUUGAACAAUUUGGUGAAAUUAAACCACCUUUUCCAUGCUUCCAAGAACUUCUUUAUGAUGCUGCAGUUCCUGAGGGAGUUCUUAAUACUCCCAUCCUACUUAUACAGGUAACACGUUUGAAAUGUGGUGAUUUCAUCUUUGCUCUCCGAUUUAACCACACUAUGGUAGACGGAGUUGGCACAGUUCAUUUCAUGUUAGCAGUGACAGCAAUAGCUCAGGGAGCUAAACAACCUCCAAUUCAACCCUCAUGGCAUAGAGAGCGUCUAAGGGCAAGGGAUCAACCAUGUGUCACAUUCAACCACCGCGAAUACGAACAACUGACUGACAUCCAAACUGACGCCGUUUUAACUGCAACAGAAUUUUCAGAACAAACUUUUUUCUUCGGCCCCACUGAAAUAUCCGCAAUUCGAAGCUUACUUCCACGUGAUCUCGAUAGCAAGUCAACCACCUUCGAAGUCCUCACAUCGUACAUUUGGCGUUGCCGCACAAAAGUGUUGCAGCCAAAUCCAAAUGAAGAGGUUCGAAUGAUGUGCAUUGUGGACGCACGUGAUAAAUUCGAUCCUCCAAUUCCAUUUGGUUACUACGGAAACUGUUUUGCUUUCCCUGCGGCUAUUACAACCGCAGGGGAGCUUUGUGAAAAGCCAUUAGAGUUUGCUGUGGACUUGAUAAAGAAAGUGCGCGAUGAAGUGAGUGAGGAGUAUAUGCAUUCUGUGGCGGAUCUAAUGGUGACUAAAGGAAAGCCAUUGUUUACUAUAGUGAGGUCAUGUAUUGUGUUGGAUACCACAUAUGCUGGACUUAGAGAUUUGAAUUUUGGAUGGGGGAAGGCAGUGUAUGGUGGAAUUGCUAAACCUGGGGCUGGGACUUUUCCUUCAGUACAUUUUCAUGUUCCGGGUCAAAAUGCAAAAGGGGAGGAAGGUAUAUUGGUUUUGAUAUCAUUGCCUACUAAACUUAUGUUAGCUUUUGCCAAAGAGUUGGAUGACUUGAUUGCUUGAGUGAUAAUACUUCAUAAUGUUUUAUUCAAGUAUUUUAAGUGUGGUUUAUGUUGUGUGCAAAGGAAGCAAGAGUUUGGUUUGGUUGUAUGAGCUAAUAAAGAAAUAUCAAUGUAAUUUUAAAUAUUUAAUAAGAAAUCUACUAUCAAAAUAAUCAAA